GGUUUCUCCGCCAGUACUUCGGGUCACGCGCACAGAGCCGGUUCUCCGGUGAACAAACUCACUCGCCCUUCUCCUCUUCUUGCCAUUCUACCAACCCUCAAAAUGAAGGUCUUUUCCUCCAACUGCACUUUUGAUUACUCCUGGGACGAGGUCUCCACGGCAAACUGGCGCAAAUACUGUCCCUGGAACGAUAAGUCCACUCAUGUCGUUGCGGCCGAUACGCUAUCGAGGGUCGUGGACCCGCAGACAGGCAUUCUACGCACGGAACGUCUGAUCACCUGUAAUCAGUCAGUGCCACAAUGGGUGCUCUCCCUCUUCGGCGGCAGCGCCACUUCUUAUGUCUAUGAAGUCUCCUACGUCGAUCCAAUCACCAAGAAAGUCACGAUGUGUUCGACCAACCUGACCUGGUCAAACGUCCUGAAUGUUCGCGAAACCGUCGUCUAUCGGCCGUCUCCAUCCAUGCCAGCCUCGAAAACCGACUUCCAGCAAGAGGCCAAGAUCACUGCCCUCUGCAGUGGAUGGCAGAAGAUCAAGAACAAGAUCGAAGAAGCUAGCGUCGAGCGAUUCGGCCAGAAUGCGAAGAGAGGCCGUGAGGGAUUCGAGGCCGUGCUCGAGAUGAGCCGCAGAGUGUUCAGCGAACAGCGAGAACGCGAAAACCAGAAAAUCCAGUCCUAGAUGACUGCCAAACCUUCUACGGAAUUGCCGUGGAUGUGUCCUUCCUAUUUCCAUUCCCAUUCUCCAUGGUCUUAACCAAGCGAUUGCAUAUUUAGCAUACGUCCUGACGAUCAGCAUCGCAACGUGAGUUCUUUGGCGUUUUUCUGAUUUUACACCAUUUGUCUAUUUUGGCCGUCUUUUUGAGACGAAGAGAAAAGUCGAUUUCUAGAUGGCGUCUGCAGGGGGGGGUUUUUUUUGUUUUAGAUAGUCUUACACUCGUUACUUGGGAUGCGAUAAAGCAUGGGUAGAUAGGGGUUCCUUUUGUUCAUUUUCUAGAUA